UUGUUACACUUCUAUGUUCCAACAAAGUACAAUACACAAAAAAUUGGUUAUCCUAAUCCAUUACCACACUCACAUAUCAAUUGGUAACAUUUGAUGCAGAGUGGUUUCAUUUCUGAGUUUGGAUUGUGGAAGACAAGGUUGUCUUGUCAAAUAUAGGAAAAGUUGUUAUACAUGGUUAUAUACUUGCGAAAGUUGUGAAGAAUUUGGAGAUAAAGAUGCUUGAGGAAUGGAAUCAAAUUAUUUCUCUAAAUAUGAAGGAAUAUAUCAUAAUAUUCACCAACCUGCUCUCAUCAUUGCUGGGUGUUCUGUUCUUGUAGCUCUUGUGCUCUCCCUUUUUCUCAUUUUUCAACAUCUUAGAUCAUAUUCCAAUCCCUCGGAACAAAAAUGGAUUGUUUCUAUCAUUUCCAUGGUUCCAAUCUAUGCAACUGAGUCUAUUAUUUCUUUGUGGAAUCCAAGAUUUUCUCUUCCAUGUGACAUUUUAAGAAGCUACUAUGAAGCCUUUGCUCUAUAUGCUUUCGGAAGAUAUCUGAUCGCUUGUCUUGGUGGUGAAGGAAGGGUUGUAGAACUACUUGAAGAUGAAUCCGAGGAAAAUCUCGAAAAACCCUUGUUGCAUGAUUCGGACGAGAACAUUGAAUCCGAACAGAGAUCGUUUUGCAACUUCUUUUGGCGACCUUGCAAACUUGGAAAAGAUGUUCUUGCUAUUGAAAAAUUUGGUCUUGUCCAAUAUAUGAUCCUGAAGACUGUUUGUGCUUUCUUAGCAUUUAUACUUGAACUGUUUGGUGUUUAUGGCGACGGUAAAUUCAAAUGGAACUACGGGUAUCCAUAUAUAGCAGUAGUAUUGAACUUCAGCCAGAUGUGGGCAUUAUACUGCCUUGUGCAAUUCUAUAAUGUUACUCAUGAGAGACUUCAACCGAUAAAGCCACUCGCAAAGUUCAUCAGCUUUAAGGCUAUAGUGUUUGCUACUUGGUGGCAAGGUGUGGGUAUUGUGCUAUUAUGUACAUUUCAAGUGCUACCGAAUGACGGGAAAUUACAAACUGGGCUGCAGGAUUUCUUAAUCUGUAUAGAGAUGGCCAUAGCAGCUGUUGCUCAUGUAUUUGUAUUUUCGGCAAAACCGUAUCAUUUUGUUCCCGCUUCUUCUGCGGAAGGAAAAGUUAGAGAGGAAAGAAUAGAAGCAACAUUGGAUAUAGAUGAAGAGGGAGAGAAGAAACCAGCUGUGCUUAAAGAGACGACGACUCAAGUGGAGGCUCCGAGAACAAGCGUCAAAGAGAGCGUCCAGGAUAUAGUUGUUGAAGGCGGUCAACGAGUUGUGAAGGAUGUUGUAAUGACGAUAAAUCAGGCGAUGGAGCCGGUGGAAAAGGGAGUGACUAAAAUUCAGAAGACUUUCCAUCACAAAACAGUGGUUUCAUCAGAUGAAGAGGGAGAAAAAUCAGAUAUAGAAAUUGAGACAGAUGUCACAGAAAAUGUCACAAAGGAAAGGAAUGAUAUUGCAAUGGUGUAAUUAUUAAUUAAUAAGGAUGGAAGAGAAACUAGAAGAGGCUGCAUUUGUGUUUAAGAUGGAAGAGGCUGGCUGCCUAUGCUUUUAAGAUGGAAUUUAUCAUGUACUAAUGAAUGCAAGUGAAAUGUUGUGGCCAUUUUACAUGGAAAACUUCAUGCAAAUGUUUGAUGCAGCUUGGCAUGCCAAUAUGACUAGUUCUAGAGUAGAUUGUAUAAAUAGAAUUUCUUUGAUAGUAACAGAAGGAGAGGUCCUUUAAAUUUGUUUAUUUUAUUUUUGUUGUAAAUAGAGAAUGAGAACAGAAGGAGGACUUAUUAAGAAAAGGAGGACAAAAACACAUGGUUGGAAGUACUAGUAGAAAUAGUGUAGAAGGAGAGGUGCAACUCAAUCAAGUUGAAGUAGAAAAUGUGAUAUCUCUCCUCUAUAAGUUGGAAAAACCGACAGGUACUUGGUGUCGGACACUUCCAGUUAGUUUCAUUUUUCUCUUUUUUAUGGAAAAUCUUCAUUUUUCUCUUUUUUUAUGGAAAAUCUUCAUUUUUUAGA